GUUUAUUUAGUAGAUGAGUCGUCCGCCUUUCGUACGGUACGACGAAGGAUCUCUGAAAUCGGGAAUAAACAGAUUGAUGUACGAUAGACUAGUUUUUCAAUAUUUACAAGCUGACAAGCACUUUGUUCUCUCAGAAUAUUGCUAAUUUCACUUACUACAAAAAUAAAGGCUCUACCAAUAAAACAACGCGAAUGGAAUUUUUACUCUAUUUUCACUUUUUGACCUUUUUUUUGUAGAUAAAUUUUAUUGUUUACUCACCAUCAGCAGCAUCAAUAGUUAUGACUAUAUAUAAGUCGUUGUUUAUCUGUCGAGGAAGCCUUUCCAGUUCUUUGUUUGGAAAACAACUUGCUUCAAACUCUUAUUCAAUUAGUCAAAAUGGUUUGAGAAUCCAAUACUCGUCAGAAUCUGUUUCAGAAUCCCUUCCAAAAAUAAAGUCUUCUGAUAGUAGCAUGAUGAAGCACAUAUACAGUUUUAAUUUGAAAAAUAUUGACAAAUUGAGGGGCAAAUAUAACAGUCUUGUGGCUACUGCUUAUCAAGGAGGUGGUGAAAAGGCAAUAAAGCGGCACGUAGAAAGAAAUAAAAAAAUUCUUGUUCGUGAAAGACUGAAGAAAAUUUUGGAUACAAAUUCACCUGUACUAGAAAUUGGUACACUGGCUGGAUAUGAUAUGGAAUAUGGAAAUAUUGCUUGCGCUGGAGUAGUAACUGUUAUUGGUAAAAUUCACAACACAUGGUGCAUGGUUGUUGCAAAUGAUGCAACUGUAAAAGGUGGUUCAAUUUAUCCUAUAACUCUCAAAAAGCAGUUGAGAUGCCAUCAAAUUGCUGAAGAAAAUCAUUUGGCUUCUAUUUAUCUUGUGGACAGUGGAGGUGCAUUUCUACCGUUACAAUCUGAAAUUUUUAAUCCUGGUGGUAGAAUAUUUCACAAUCAAGCUGUUAUGUCCUCACAAGGCAUACCUCAGAUCGCAUUUGUGUGUGGGUCGUGUACUGCUGGGGCCGCCUAUAUUCCAACAAUGGCUCAAGAAGCUGUGAUAGCUGAUCAAAUUGGUACUAUAUUUCUUGGCGGUCCACCGUUGGUACAAGCAGCUACUGGUGAAAAAGUGACACCAAACGAAUUGGGAGGUGCAGAUUUACAUUCUCGAUUGAGUGGUUGCACUGACCACUUUGUUAAAACCGAAAUUGAAGGUUUGAAAAGGGUUCGGGAUAUCGUAGCAACAAGUAAUUUGACAAAAGUGAAGGGAGAGAAUUUCUAUUCUGAAAAAGAUAAAACCGAAAUAUGUAAACUUGCUGCUGGUAAUAAAGAAUAUAGUGUUGAUGCUCAUGAGAUCAUUAAGUGUUUGGCAGAUAACGAUGGAUUUCAUGAAUACAAAGAACAAUAUGGUACUUCACUUGUCACUGGUUUUAUGUUCGUCAGUGGCAUCUUAGUUGGAGUUAUCGCGAAUAAUGGCUACAUAACAGACAAAGCUGCCAAAAAGGGAUCCAAUUUUGUGCAAUUGUGUGGAGAUCGACAAAUUCCUGUUUUAUUUCUUCAAAAUUUAUGUCAUGAUGAAACAUCGUCUGUAAAUGAUACCAGCAACUCUGUUAUCAAAUCAAGGGCCUCCCUCAUGCAAAGUAUUGCCACUUGUCCUUGUCCAAAAAUAGUGAUCAGUGUUGGAGGAUUGGUGGGCUCACCUCACAUGCAUCCAAUGUGUUCUUUAUCUAUGGGUGCAAGAUUCCAUUUUGUGUGGCCAAAUGUUAGAUUGGGUGCUGAAUUUUUGUGGAACAGUAACUCUGACAUUUCGUACUCAGAGUAUGAAACAUUGAAGCAUAAAUCUACAGCAUUCUAUGGUGCGUCUCAGUGUUGGUACGAUGGCAUUGUUUUGCCAGAAGACACAAAAGAAGUUAUAUUCUUCUGUCUUAGUAUAUUUGAACAGGAAAGAGCAACACGCCUACAGCAGGCAAAUAAUCAAGCUAUUUCGGAUCCCAAUAAUAUGCAUACUGUUAUCAGAUUGUGAUUUAUCAAAUGAAACCUCAAAUUAAUUUAGCAUUAGUAGUUUUUAACUUGAACAAACAUGAUUGCUACAAUUUGUCGGCGGUUAGUGUGAAAAUUGUAUACUUUGUUAUAUCAAAAUCAGUGCAAUACCGGUAAUUUAUAUUUAACUUGUCUUGUUAAAAAUCUUUAGCAUCUAUCUAGAGCCAAUCCUCAAAUACAUUUUUUGUUCACUUCGUGCCUAAUUCACCAUUUAUAAUCAAAGUCUAUGCAGCAUAUUAUGUCUAAAAUUAUUGUGUAUAAAAAAUUAUUCUAGAUAUACAUUUAUCUAUUGUUCCUGAUUAAAGUAAGGAGUAUUGAAAUAAGUAUUGAAUAUUGAAAUAAACUUUUAAAAAUUAAGAUUACUGCGCUUUAACCGCUGUUAUCUCAAUAUGGGGGCCAUGUUCACAACACGAUGAUCAUGUAAGUACUUCUAGUUGGUGUGGCACAACCAUUUUUGCAUAUGUUAUUUCUAGGAAUACGAAUACGCCAGUGGUUAGGAAUAACAUAUGCAAAAGGGGUUGUGACGCGCCAAAUAGAAGAACUUACGGCGUUUUUAGUGAACAUGCAGCGUUUUUAGUGAACAUGCGCCCAAUAUGAAUACAACAUUAAUUACCGGUAACUUAUUAAUAAUUAAUGUGUUUAUAUUAUAAUUCAAAUAAAACAGUUCAAUA